AUGCUUUUUAGCAUGAUUCUUUCUGUGAUGUUGUCAGACACCUUCAGUGAAAAUGAAAAUGACAACAAGUUCAUCUACCACACUGAUGGAGCCAACGUGAGCAUACAGAUCAUCAACUUCAAUUUUGAAAGGACACAUGUUAAGUGGAAUGUCAGUGAAUAUUUGGCUGAGAAGAAUUUAACUUUCCUUUAUGGAUUAAACAAAGCUUCACCUUCACAACAGUGUCCUCAUUAUAUUCUUGAUCAAGGUUAUACUGCUGGAUGUCUUUUUAAGGCUGGAGACAGUAGACUGGCUUUUUUACUCAAGACAGAAGAUAAAGUUCUUGAACAAAGGGAAGUGAGGCUUAGCCGUUAUUUAAAACCCAGCUCUCCAACCAAUGUGAGCUUCACAUGGAGAGAAGACUCAGUUACAAUAACAUGUUCUGAUCUACCCAUUCCUGGUCUCAUCUAUGAAAUUGAACACAAAAGCAUCUUUGAUCAAAAAUGGCUGCCCAACACGAGUACAAAGUGUAAUGUUACAAUAGAUGGCUUGGAUUCUGAGAAGUGUUAUUUCUUCCGGGCCAGAGUGAUAACAAAAAUGGCUAUUUAUGGCAGUAAAACAUACCCUAGUGAUUGGUCCCCUGUAACACACUGGAGGAGCAACAAAUUGGAAGAUUCAUGCACUGACACAGUGAAAAAACCUUCCCCCAAAUAUGUCUACAUAAUUACUGGCCUGGUUAUCUUCCUAAUGGUAUUGCUUCUCCUUUUAUUUUUGAGGAAAUCAGCAAGGGUUAAGAAAUUAUUCAUGCCUGUCGUACCUGAUCCCAAAUAUGCUUUUCCUGGUUUAUUUGAUUGUCACAGGGGAAACUUUCAGGAGUGGAUCCAGGAUACUGAAAACGUGACCAGCCCAACUAAAGUAGAACAUUUGGAGCAGGAGUGUGUUGUUGAGGAGGGGCUUAUAGAGGAACUUGCCAAGAAAGAGGCCAAAGAUAAAGAGCUGAAAGCCUUUUGGGAAUAUCCACAGUUGAAUGAAGACAGUCUGAGCUCUAACCAAAUCUCUUGUGUCCCACCUCAAGGCACUGCCACCACUUGCCUGGGUGAUCUUAAAUUUGUCAUGAAUGAUAAUAUGUAUGUUGUAUUAUGA